AUGGACCAGCAAUGGAUGCGCCUGUUUAUGUUGAUAUCGCUGAACUUGGCCUUAUACUUUGGAGACACCCUGCCACCGACAGUCACAGCCUCGUCCUUUGUGAUCCUGCCAAAAGUGGUGGGCGGCUACAGGGUGACCAUUGAUCAGGUGCCUUUCCAGGUGUCCGUGCGCCGGCGUUCGAUUCACGAGCGGUACUUCGGGAUGGGUCAUAUGUGCGGCGGUGCGAUUAUCUCCCAGAGGGUCGUCUGCUCGGCAGCUCACUGCUAUGCCAUAAAUACUUCUGUACCAUUAGCCUACCGUGAGCCGGAUCAAUUUGUUGUAGUGGCCGGCAGCAGUGCCAUCGAUCAGUCGGAUCGGUUCACCCAGGAGUACCUUGUGCAGCGGAUAAUUGGCCACAAGCGGUAUAACAGCACCACGUUAGAGAAUGACAUCGCCCUGCUCUUCCUCAAUGGCUUCAUUCCGUGGGACUCGCCGGUGGUGCGGGCAGUACCGCUGGCCGUCGAAUCGCCCAUCGAGGGCACCACCUGUCUUAUCCACGGAUGGGGCAAGGUCACUAAGAAGGACAAAUCGGUUUCACUGCAGCAGGCGCCUGUACCGAUUCUGAACAGAGAGCUGUGCCAGGUGAUCUACAAGCUUCCUGCCUCCCAGAUGUGCGCCGGAUUCCUUCAAGGCGGUAUCGAUGCCUGCCAGGGCGACUCUGGCGGACCGCUGCUCUGCGACGGACAACUGGCCGGGAUAAUAUCUUGGGGUGUGGGCUGUGCAGAUCCCGGCUAUCCGGGUGUUUAUACCAAUGUCUCACAUUUUAUAGACUGGAUACGGGAAGCCAAUGCAUCGCUAGACUAUUCUGAAUUCCGUCAAAUGGAGAUACCAAAUCUGGCUGGCUAUCGUCGAUCUAUAUCAUCUCGGCUCCUGGAUAUUAGCCUUGCGGGGCUUAUCAUUAGCCUUCUUUGA